AUGGCCCACAGCGGCAGUGUCCGGGCAGCAUACACCGGCGUUUGUGGUGCCAGCGCCGGCACGCAGCCUGACCAAGCUGGAGGACGGCAAAAUCCUGACGCGGAAGCAGUAGAGGUCAACUGCAAAGACAUCACCUGCAUCCAGGAUAACUGGGAUGUGGAAGAGUUUGUCUCACACACAUGCAUGGGGACAUUCCUCCAUCACCCAGCCUUCAAGCUACUUUUGGCAGGUUUCAUCAUUACCAACGCGAUCAACAUUGCCCUCCGAACGGAACCGACGUUAGAAGAGAAGUACUUCGGGUUCUUUUCCGCUAUAGAUACAAUUGUGCUGGCUUUCCUUAUCUGUGAAGUACUUCUCAACUGGUACUAUGGAUUCUCCUUAUACUGGAAGGAUGGCUGGAAUAUCCUCAAUUUUUUCAUCGUGGUCUUUCUGUUCUUGGGCCUAUUGGUUCCUGUUCUGUCUGACAGAACAUUUUUCCACAUCCUCAGAGUACUGCGACUGAUGCAGGUGUGUACCUUGGUGGCUGGCCUGGGUAUGAUGAUCAAGGUGAUCCUGAAGUCCAUUCCUGACAUGCUGAACAUCAUGGUCCUGCUUUUUUCCAUUAUGCUGAUCUUCUCUGUGUUUGGUGUGACGCUCUUUGGAAGUCUUGUCCCGGUGCAUUUUGGGAAUUUGGGGACUGCCUUGUACACGCUUUUCGUCUGCAUAACGCAGGAUGGGUGGAUUAUAAUUUAUGAUGCCUUUGACGACGAAGGCAUGGCCCUGAAGAUCGGAGGGGCUCUCUACUUCUUCAUCUUCAUCACCUGCGGGGCCUUCAUCUGUGCAAAUCUGCUUGUGGCUGUGGUGACAACAAACCUGGAGCAGUCAGUCACUGCCUACAAUGAGGAACGGCAGUCGCAGUCUCUGGCCCAGACGGAGGCAGGACCUAACUCUCUCCAUUUCGACCAGGAUGGCACAGAUGACGAUGCCCUUCCGCCUCUGCCGCCGAUGCACUUGAAAGAAGUCAUGCAUGCCACAACCAUGGCCCAUUGCCAGGAUCUGCUCAGCUACGGUAACUUGGGUAAUCUGAACGAUUCCACCUGUGACGAUCUCUGCACCGUCCUGGAGGCGAUCCACGAGAACCUAAAGGAAUACCGGGAGAUCCGGGAUGAGCUCAAUAUAAUAAUCGACGAAGUGAGAGCCAUAAAGUUCAAUAUCGAGCAGGAGCAAGAGAUAGUUCUACGGAAUAUCCGCGGGGCCAGCAUCCCAGAGAACGUUCUUGCAACCGAUGUCAUGCAAGGAAGGGCCGGCGACAUCCUGUCUGCACUGUCAGAACUGGAAAAGUCAAACACAAUUGAAGCAGAGUACCAGAAAGGAGCGAUACAAUCGGCGGCCUUGAGAGCGCGGAGGCAGUCGAUGCUAACAAUGGAAGUAUCUGAAGAAGAGAGUAGAAGGAGUGAUGAUGGCUGGCGGACGACUCCAGCCAGCUGCCUUUGUUCAGCGACCGCAGAUGGGGAGAAAGCAUGUCGCUCUCUUCCGAUCGGCCGCUUAAACGGGCUGGCGGCUCGGAAGGAAAAAGGACGCUUCCCCAAAGACGCUCAUCCAUCCCUCGUGGGCAAGGCGACACAGACGCACACGUGCGAACGCCGUCCCCCGUGA